CGCUGCCGUUCCCGGGUCGGGCAGCUAGAGAGCAGUGCAGGGAGCCCGAGCCCGGCGCUCCCUUCCUGUGGGCAAGGCCGACAGCGCAGCCGAGCGCCGGCCGAGGCCCGGCCCGGCCGCCCCCUCUGCGCUCGCCCAUGGCGGAGACCAAGAUCAUUUACCACAUCGACGAGGAGGAAACGCCGUACCUGGUGAAGCUGCCCGUGCCGCCGGAGAAAGUCACGCUGGCCGAUUUCAAAAAUGUCCUCAGCAACCGGCCCGUGCACAGCUACAAGUUCUUCUUCAAGUCCAUGGACCAGGAUUUCGGGGUGGUGAAGGAAGAGAUCUCAGAUGACAAUGCAAAGCUGCCCUGCUUCAAUGGAAGAGUGGUGUCUUGGUUGGUCCUGGCUGAGAGCACCCACUCUGACACAGGCUCCCAAUGCACCGAGAGCCACGUGGAGCUGCCCCCAGCCCUGGAGAGGACAGGAGGCAUUGGAGACUCCCGGCCCCCCUCCUUCCACCCCAACGCUGCCAGCAGCAGGGAUGGCCUGGACAACGAGACAGGAACCGAGUCCGUGCUCAGCCAUCGGCGUGAGCGGCACCGGCGCAGGAACCGCGAGAGCCACGAGGACGCCCCCAGGAUCAAUGGGCACCCCAAGCUGGAUAGGCACCGGGAGCAUCCCCCUGGCUACGACAGCUCCUCCACCAUGCUGAGCAGUGAACUGGAGUCCAGCAGCUUCAUCGACUCUGAGGAUGAUGACAACACCAGCAGGUUGAGCAGCUCCACGGAGCAGAGCACCUCGUCCCGCCUCAUCCGCAAGCACAAGCGCCGGAGGAGGAAACAGAGGAUGAGGCAGAUUGACAGGUCGUCCUCGUUCAGCAGCAUCACUGACUCCACCAUGUCCCUAAACAUCAUCACUGUCACGCUCAACAUGGAAAAGUACAACUUCCUGGGGAUCAGCAUUGUGGGGCAGAGCAAUGACCGGGGUGAUGGUGGCAUCUACAUCGGCUCCAUCAUGAAGGGAGGGGCGGUGGCAGCAGACGGGCGCAUCGAGCCAGGGGACAUGCUGCUGCAGGUAAAUGAUGUCAAUUUUGAGAACAUGAGCAAUGACGAUGCCGUUCGGGUUCUGCGGGAAAUCGUCUCCAAACCAGGACCUAUCAGCCUAACAGUAGCCAAAUGCUGGGACCCUACUCCCAGGAGUUAUUUCACCAUCCCCAGGGCUGAGCCGGUGCGGCCAAUCGACCCCGCGGCGUGGAUCUCUCAUACCACGGCCAUGACGGGAGCGUACCCCCGUUACGGUAUGAGCCCCUCCAUGAGCAUCACCACAUCUACCAGCUCCUCACUAACAAGCUCAAUUCCCGAGUCGGAAAAAUUAGAAGACUCUCCCUUAACUGUGAAGAGUGACAUGGCUACUAUUGUCAAGGUCAUGCAGCUGCCAGACUCAGGCCUUGAAAUUCGGGACAGGAUGUGGUUAAAAAUCACCAUCUCCAAUGCAGUGAUAGGAGCAGACGUGGUGGACUGGCUUUACACACAUGUGGAAGGCUUCAAGGACCGCCGGGAGGCACGGAAAUACGCCAGCUCCAUGCUGAAACACGGCUACCUCAGGCACACUGUGAACAAAAUCACCUUCUCAGAGCAGUGCUACUAUGUCUUCGGAGACCUCUGUGGCAAUCUGGCUGCACUGAACCUCAACAACGGUUCCAGUGGCGCCUCUGACCAGGACACCCUGGCUCCUCUCCCACACCCUGCUGCUCCCUGGCCCUUGGGCCAAGGAUAUCCCUACCAGUACCCUCUGCCCCCUCCUUGUUUCCCCCCAGCCUACCAAGAUCCUGGUUUUAGCUAUGGCAGUGGCAGUGCAGGCAGCCAGCAAAGUGAAGGGAGCAAAAGCAGCGGCUCCAACCGGAGCACCAGCGAGACCAGCAGGAGAGCAGCAGGCAGGGAGAAGGAGCGCAGCAAGUCCGGGGGCAGCGGCAGCGAGUCGGAGCCGGGCGCGCGCCGCGAGCGCCCGCUCAGCCAGCUCAGCCAGCGCUCUGCCAGCGACAGGAGCCACCAGAGCCACCACUCCUAUGGUCCCCCAGGGCUGCCCCCCUUGUACAGCCUGCCCAAGCUGGGCUCCAAGGGGCUGGGCAGCAGCGGGCCCCCCGGAGCACCCCCGGUGCGUGAGCUGAGCGCCGUGCCGCCCGAGCUCACCGCCAGCCGCCAGUCCUUCCAGAAGGCCAUGGGCAACCCUUGCGAGUUCUUCGUGGACAUCAUGUGAGAGGAAGUGCCUUCAAAAGACUCUGCGUUUUGGGGUUUUUUUUGGGGGGGGGG